CGUGGCCACAACCAGAGUCACGCAAACAAUCGAAGAAUCCUGCACAUUCCUUACUAGAAUAAGAAUAACAUUUAAAUGUCUUUCCGUGGCGGUAGGUAAAAUGAGGCAUGCCGCUUAAGAGAUCUUUAACUGCGCUUUGCGUCGACUGUGCAUAUUAAAGUAAAACAAUGCAAUAAUUCGAUUUGCCUUUUCCUCUGUGAAAAAAAUCUGGGACUAUUGUUACAUCGCACGGAUACUUUUUUUGCUCAAGUUAAGAUGGAUUCGCACAAGGAAUUACCUCCUUCUUCAAUGAUUUGAAUGCAAACGAACGAUCUCUUAUUGGUAUGAGAUGUUGUUAGCCUCGGCCGUGGUCGUCUGGGAAUGGCUGAACGAGCACGGGCGCUGGCGACCCUACAGCCCGGCGGUGUCCCAUCAUAUCGAGGCGGUGAUCCGCAGCGACCCUCGCGGCGCCGGGAGCGUGGUGCUGGGCCAGGUCGACUCGCGUCUAUCGCCGUAUAUCAUUGACCUGCAGUCUAUGCACCAGUUUCGGCAAGAUACCGGUACACUGAGACCCGUGCGGCGAAGUUUCUACGACCCGCGGUCGGCCCCGGGGCAGGGUUGGGUGUGGGAAUGGGAGAAUGACUCGGGCUCAUGGACGCCGUACGACACAGAGGUCAGCAUCGCCAUCCAGGCGGCUCGGGAUCGGCAGCAGCCCUGGCUGGACUUAACGCCGUUGGGCUUCUGCUACCUUAUAGACCUGCAGAGUAUGACGCAGAUCAAUGGCCAGACGCAACGGCGCCGGCGCAUCCAGAGGCGCUCAGACCUGCCCUACCCGCUCGUCUCCGGCCCGCUGCCUAAGCCACACGCGUGGUCGUCCGCUGGAAGUGGUGGACUCUUGGGAGUGGGCGUUUCAGGGGUUAGUGGAGGGAAUGGCAGUGCCUAUCCCAGUGGAGCUCUCCCAGCUUCUGCUAUCACUUCACUUGGUCAACCAUGUUCCUGCCAGCAGUGUAUGCUAGUCUUGGGCGUCAAGACCCCUAGCAUGGCACAAACUCUCGGGCGGAAACCCCCGCCGGUACCCAAGCCUCCGAGCCCAAAGGCGCCAUCAAGGGGACACUCUUACUCUCUAACCCUGCCUCACCCUCCUUCCCUUUCCAGAGUCCUCUCGCCACAUAGGAACUCCACCUCGGGUGCUAGCGGAGGCUUCGGACACUCCCUCUCUCUGCUGGGUUCAGCCACUGCUGCCCUGUCGAUAUCCUCUAACCGUCCUCCUCCACCUGCUGUACCGCCACCCCCGCCUCCUUCUGCAAUACCCUACACGACCUCUGCGUCCAACCCUACAGCACCUACACCCUCCAACGCCCUUAUAUCCACAGUGACCACUUGUGCUCCCACGCCGUCUGCUCGUGUUCUGGGUCCUGUGUCUACGGCAUCAGCAGCUUGUGCCGCCCCGGUGCCACCGCGCAGUAGUCUGGCAGGCCUUAGCCGCCCCGCCCUGCAGAGAAUCGCCAUGGCACAGUCACGGGCACUUAUUGCAUCAGGAGUCCCCACCGUCCCAGUGAAGAACUUAAAUGGAUCCAGUCCUGUCCAUCCAGCUUUGGCAGGUAUCACUGGGAUCCUAAUGAGCGCCGCUGGACUCCCAGUCUGCUUGACCCGCCCGCCCAAACUUGUGCUCCACCCCCCACCUGUCAGCAAGAGCGACAUCAAACCUGUGCCAGGCCUCGGCCACUGCUGCCGGAAAACCUCAAAGAAGCAGGCCCGCAAAGGUAGAACUUCAGAAGAAGUUGUUAGAAGAUAUCUUCAGAAAGUCCGCAACCCACCUGAGGAGGACUGCACUAUCUGUAUGGAGUCUCUCUGUGGUCCAUCUGGCUAUAAAGGCCCAGGUGUCGGUGGCAUAUCUCGGGCCGAGUCUGUUGGUCGUCUGUCUCAGUGUGGACAUCAGUACCACCUGCAGUGCCUGGUGGCCAUGUACAACAACGGCAACAAAGACGGCAGCCUUCAGUGUCCCACCUGUAAAACCAUCUACGGUGUUAAAACCGGCAACCAGCCACCGGGCAAGAUGGAAUACCACGUCAUUCCUCACUCCCUUCCUGGACACCCUGACUGCAAAACCAUCCGGAUUAUCUACAACAUACCCCCUGGCAUUCAGGGCCCAGAGCAUCCCAACCCUGGGAAGCCCUUCACAGCUCGUGGAUUUCCAAGACACUGCUACCUCCCUGACAGUGAGAAAGGCCGCCUGGUGCUGAAGCUGCUGCUGGUUGCCUGGGACCGUCGGCUCAUCUUUUCGGUGGGUACAUCCAGCACUACAGGAGAGACGGAUACGGUCAUUUGGAACGAGGUGCAUCACAAGACCGAGUUCGGCUCCAACCUGACCGGCCACGGUUACCCAGACUCCGGCCACCUUGACAACGUCCUGGAGGAGCUGAGGGCGCAAGGCAUCACUGAGGAAGAGUGUCUGAGGGACUGAAAAUUCAAGUCGGACGACAAAGACUGGAUGUUUUUUGUGUUAGUGUUGCCAAAUCUGAAUUCAAUUCCCAGCUCUUGUUUCUCAGAAUGCCUGAGACACUUUCGAAAUGAAAAAACGAAAAACAAAACGAAGUUUAAGGACUCUGAAAGGUUUAUAAGUCAUCAUCGCUCUACGUUUUUUUUUCAGUGACAAUAAUAGCCCUCCUACUGCUAAAGAAACUGUACUAGCCUGUCAGAAGUGGGACGGCCAGCUGCAAGAACUGUAGUUAACAAACAACAUUGCACUGUGCGCGCUAUUGUGGUGGAGCCGUUAUCUUUUCGAAAACUCGAAGGACCCCGUUAACGUCCUCCCCACAAAAACUCGAUUUGUACAGUGCGAUUUUGUCGCUAGUGGGCUGCAGACAUAGAUCCCGGUGUCUGCUCCACCAUAUAAUGUAUUGUAGUUCUGUGAAGGAUACGCAAAACAAAGGUACUUCUGUGCAUGUAGUUGUAUCAUUCGGCACAGAGGCGAUGCC